UAUGCGAACCCCACUCUGUUAUCAGAAUCGGGCACUCAGAACAAGAACACCAUCUUCUCUUCCUUAUUAUGGGUUUACCGGAGAUCGUCGAUUUCGCUCGUAAUUUAGCCGUCAUGGUCCGAGUCAAAGGCCCUGACCCAAAGGGCCUCAAAAUGCGAAACCACGCUUUCCAUCACUACCACUCUGGGACGACGACUAUAUCAGCGUCUGGAAUGCUAUUGCCGAACACCCUUUACGACUCUGAUGUUGCUCAGCAACUCUUUGGCGGCGACAGUGAACGGUCUCCUGCUCUGGUUGUGACUGUUGCCUCCAUUGUUGAGCCUUUUCUCUCUCUGCAACACAGAGAGGGCCUUACCCAGGGCAGGCCUCAGUUGAUUCCUGGGGUUCAGAUUGAUAUAAUGGUAGAGGAUGAAAUGAGGUUCCACAAAGAUUCUGAAGAUUUGGAUAAAGGGCCUCCGUGCUGGUUUGCAGCACAGCUGUUAAUGCUAAUUGACGUUCCUGCUUCUGCUGUUGCUCUCCAAUCAGUUAUUGAAGCUUCUUUAAGCUCCCCAGAUCACGGAUGGGAGGUCGGUUGGUCUUUAGCCUCACAUGGUAAUGCUCCUCAGACCCAGAGGUUUUUUGUUAAUCUGGACUGUGACAGUACAUCAUCUGUCAUGGAUAACCAGGUGGACUCGGCAGUCGGACAAUUGGGGAAUUCAAGUCUUACAGGCAAGUCAACUACAAGAAUUGCCAUUCUUGGAGUAUCCUUAAUUUCCAAGGACGUGCCAAACAUAACCAUAUCAUCCUCCACUAAAAAGGGGGACUUUCUUGUGGCUGUGGGUUCUCCUUUUGGUGUCCUCUCACCUGUGCACUUCUUUAACAGUAUAUCAGUGGGAUCCAUUUCCAACUGCUAUCCUCCUAAUUCAACUUAUAGUUCAUUGCUGAUGGCUGACAUACGGUGUCUUCCCGGAGGGGAAGGUGGUCCAGUUUUGAAUGAGCAUGCACAACUUAUUGGUAUUUUGAUUAGACCAUUGAGGCAGAAGACUAGUGGGGCUGAGAUUCAGCUGGUGAUUUCAUGGGAAGCCAUUGCAACUGCUUGCAGUGACUUGCUGCAGAAGGUGCCCCGUUAUGCAGAAAAAGGGAUUUAUUAUGACAAGAGAAACUUAAAUGCUGUAGGGAAGACAUUUUUAGCCGACAGCCACGACUCAAAUGGACCCAUAACGCAUAUUCAGGAGCAUCUUUAUUCUAAUUGCUCAUCCCCAUCACACAUUGAGAAGGCAAUUGGUUCUGUUUGUCUUAUAACCAUGGAUGAUGGAGUAUGGGCAUCUGGUGUCUUUCUUAACAGGCAAGGUCUCAUACUCACAAAUGCUCACUUGUUGGAACCAUGGAGAUUUGGUAAAAGAACCGCAAGUGAUGGAAAGCAUGGAUCCAAUUCUGAGGCACUGUCUGAUGGACCUGUAUCACCAGGGCAUAGUGAACUAUAUGGCAAACAAAAGAGUGAAGGUUUUCUGCCAAGGAUUCGCAAUAAUGCAGAUCUCUUUGUGGGUGAUGAAUAUGGAGGACAUAAAUUGAGUUCAUCUUACAGAGGUCAUAGAAACAUACAUGUCCGCCUGGAUCAUACAGACCCUUGGACUUGGUGUGAUGCUAAAGUAGUGUAUAUUUGUAAAGGACCUUUGGAUGUUUCCCUGUUGCAGCUCAAGCACAUUGCAGAUCAUCUUUCCCCAAUUGCCAAGGAUUUUUCAUCUCCAUCUGUAGGAUCAAAGGCAUAUGUUGUUGGACAUGGACUAUUUGGACCAAGAUGCGGCUUCUCCCCAUCAAUUUGUUCUGGUGUGGUCGCAAAAGUUGUGAAAGCAAAGUUUCCACUCUCGUAUCAACCCGACCAACCAGGAAAUACUCAAGGACAUUUUCCCGUGAUGCUUGAAACAACAGCUGCUGUCCAUCCUGGUGGUAGUGGUGGCGCUGUUAUUAAUUCAGAUGGUCAUAUGAUUGGACUUGUUACAAGCAAUGCAAGGCAUGGUGGAGGAACCGUUAUACCGCAUCUGAACUUCAGCAUUCCAUGUGCGGCCCUCCUCCCCAUCUUCAAGUUCGCAAAAGACAUGCAGGAUAUUUCACUUCUCCAAGUUCUUGACCAACCAAACAAAUAUAUUUCUUCCGUAUGGGCAUUGAUGCCACCUGUGUCUCCCAAGCCCCCUCCUUUGCCUCAUAUGCCAGAGUCACUACGACAAGAGAACAACAAUGAAGGGAAAGGUUCCCGUUUUGCAAAAUUUAUAGCUGAAAGACAAGAUGCGUUUACAAAGCCAACUCAACUUGGCAAGGCAGGAAGACUUUCUAACGAUGCUGUUCCUAGCAAGUUAUGACUUAUGAGCAUCCAGCAAUUUACUUGUACCGAACUGAAAGGCAUCAGUAAAGAAAAACCGGGAUCAGGUUUCAUUGUGUUACUCUGCUUCUUCACUGACUUCACAGACUGGGCCAAAAUUCCAUGGGCAGAAGAAGUUUGCAACUUCAUAGGAAAGCCGUGUGCAAUGCCCAAUAAUGUUCCUUCGUUCCGGACAACAUUGUCUUCUACUGUUGUAUAUCGCAUAUGUGACAUUAAUUUGUUGCAGGUUUCCAAAGAAAUGAAAACCUUUCGAUUUUUAGAACAAAAAACGGAAAAUACCUGAUUGUUUUUA